UCAAAGUCUCAAGAAACGUUCUGAUCGAGAACUUUGAAAAGCUGGAGGAACAACAUUUGGGCUUACAAGCGAUGUUAAGCAGAGAAAAAGAUGAGAAAAUCAAUGCAGAAAAGACGUUUCUUGACAAGUUGGAGAAAUUAAAGGAGCAGCUUUCAGAAAAGAACGUUUUCAUCGAAAAUCUGCAAACAGAUUUAGAUCAAGAACGUCAGUUCAGACUUGUUAGUGUCCAGGAGCAGAAGAACGCCCAGCAUAAAGUCACUGUUAAUGAGAACUAUAAGAAGGAAAUGAAAGAUCUUAAGAAAAGGAACGGUGGCCUCUCUGAGAUGCUGAACAACGUUAAAACGGAUCUGAAGAACAGAGACAUGAAACUUCUGGAAGAGCGAAAUAAUUUUAAACAUCAGCUCAAACAGAAGAAGCUAAUCUGCGAAGAUUUAGAGAAACGUUUGAACAAAGAAAACGAGCUCUGCCUGACCUGUGAGGAAAAACUCAAAAAAACUAAAGAUCAAAUGAGUUCAAUGAACGGAAAUCUCAAGAAGGAGAUCAACGACCUGAAACAGAAGAACUUGGAGCUCAGUCAGAUGCUGAGAAGUGGUCAGGCUGUAGAAACUAAAUCAGAACAGAUGUGUGAGGAUCUGCAGAAGUUUAAGCAGCUGCUGCAUGAAAAAAUGUCCGUCUGUGAAGAACUUAGCAGCAGUCUGGACAUGGAGAAGCGGCUCAGAGUUAGCUACGAGGCUCAGCUGGACUCUAACAGGGCGAUAGCCUGUGAGAACUCAGAUCUUAAAGAGCAGAUCAAAGAUCUGACUCAGAGCAACUCUGAACUCAGAGUGGUCGUGGAAAACCUGACCGCUGAGAACGCUGCUUCUCACAAGGAGUUGGUUGAGCAGCAGGAGAGCUUCAAACAUCAACUCCAGGAUAAAUCUGUCGCAUGUGACCUUUUGAAACAAGUGGAUCAUUUGAAAGAAAAACUGCAGAAUACAAAUACUUGUUUCAAUCAGGAGAAGGAGAAGAGGCUUGCUGCAGAGAACCAGUGUGCGCUUUACAAGGAGCAAACUACAGAGAUGGAGAACGGUUUGGUUCAGCAGCAACAAAAGCUGGUGGCUUUAGAAAAGCAGUUACAGGAGCAGAAAAACGUGAAUGAAGACUUACAAGAAAUCUGCUCAGAUCUAAAAGGUGAGACAGACGAGUCUCGUUUUUCUGGAGUCUCGAGAGACAUUCUGAUUGAGAACUUUGAAAAACUGGAGGAACGACAUUUGGACUUAGAAGCGAUGUUUAGCAGAGAAAAAGAUGAGAAAAUCAGCGUAGAACAGAAGUUGACUGACAAGCUGGAGAAUUUAAAGGAGCAGCUUUCAGAAAAGAACGUUUUCAUCGAAAAUCUGCAAACAGAUUUAGAUCAAGAACGUCGGUUCAGACUCGUUAGUGUCCAGGAGCAGAAGAACGCCCAGCAUAAAGUCACUGUUAACGAGAACUAUGAGAAGGAAAUGAAAGAUCUUAAGAAAAGGAACGUUGACCUCUCUGAGAUGCUGAACAACGUUAAAACGGAUCUGAAGAACAGAGACAUGAAACUUCUGGAAGAGCGAAAUGGUUUUAAAAAUCAGCUCAAACAGAAAGAUCUAAUCUGUGAAGAUUUAGAGAAACGUUUGAACAAAGAAAACGAGCUCCGCCUGACCUGUGAGGAAGAACUCAAAAAAACUAAAGAUCAAAUGAGUUCAAUGAACGGAAAUCUCAAGAAGGAGAUCAACGACCUGAAACAGAAGAACUUGGAGCUCAGUCAGAUGCUGAGAGGUAGUCAGGCUGUUUAA